AUGGAACAGCUUAAAUUCAAUUCCGCGAUUGACGGGAGUGUGGAUUCCGAGACGACUUGUUCAGCUACGACAAUGACAGAAACGCCUCCAAAACCAACAUACGCACCACCGAAACCAGCAGUAGGAGCAGAUGAUAAAAAUACUGCAGCGGAUAAUUCAGAAGCACAAAACCCAAAGGUGCGAAACCCGGAGGCAAGUGCACAUAAGGAACCAGCGGAGAAAUUAGCACAGAAAGAUGGUGAUGCAAACGUUAGUGCAGAAGAAAACUGUGCAGUUGAGUGA